UGCAGUUCCAAUUCGGUUUGACCACUUUGGCGAUUUAAAUCACAUAAUAUAUAUUCAUUGAAGUGUAUAUAUUUUUAUCAUAUUAUACUUUACACGCGUGAUAAUCCACGCGCUGUGCUUAGAGACAUCGAUGUUGUUACGUCAUGGUGUUUCACGGUAGUCUAUAAACAAUGUUUACAUAUCUUUGCUGUAUUUUUAACAAUAAUUUCAAUAUUAAAAAUACUUUUCGAUACGAAAGUACGUUUGCCUUUUCAUAUUUGAAAUGUGCGAUAAGAAUAUGUUACUGAGUCUAAAAUUCUAUGAUAUCUGAUCGUUGGAAAUUAAUAACAAUGUCGAGUGCAACUGGAAAUGAGAAUUUAGUGAUAACCAGUCCAAAAAAGAGGACACUAAAGACCCUCGUCUACCAAUGUCAAGGCUUAACGUACCCGGAAAUUCACCUAGAAAUAAACAGCGAAAAUCAGAGGACAGCCAAGCAAAAAAAGUGCAACAAAUGCAAGCAUAUGUAGCGUGGACAAAUUCUCAACUUAGAAAACUCCCUGGUAGCAAAAUUGUUGAGGAUCUUGCUCGUGACAUGCAAGAUGGUAUUGCGUUGGCUCAACUUAUUGAAGUAGUUGCGGGGGAGAAAAUCGAGAUUGAUUUUCAUCCAACAUCACCUUCUGUCAUGAAGGAAAAUAUUGAGAGCAUUCUAACUUUUAUUAGCACAAAAAAAAUACGUCUUCAUCACGUCACCGCGAAAGAUAUCGUUUGCGGCAACAUGAAAGCCAUUAUGCGCCUCAUUCUUGCGUUGGCUGCUCAUUUCAAACCAAGAAGUGUACGGAAUAGUGUCACCAGUGUACCUGAGCCCGCGAAAACAGGACGACGUUUAAGGAGAAGUGAAUCAUCAUUAUCAGCGGCUGCAGCUGAGGCUGCUGCAACACUUCAUGAUGUUAGUCGAGCUGCUGCUAGCGUAGGAACGCCUUAUCAUGGAUCCAGGCUCAGACAUCAAAAUUCAAGUAACAGUGCAUCGAGUAUCGAUAGUACUGACCGAGUAAUGCCUUCAAAGACAACGAAACUUCUUUAUACUCCUGUUAAAGAAAAUCAUUUAAAGAGUAGAACAAGAGUAGAUAUGCUGUCAAACGAAGGUCUUCGUGAAGAAACGUUCUCUACUGAAGAAAAAUCGGAUUAUAAUGACAAAAAUAUUGACUCGGGUGAGGGUACAAAGGUUUCUAAAAAAAGAAUUGCAAUUGGCUGUCGACAAUGGAAAGAAAUUGUUGAAGGAUAUGGAUCUAUGGAUGAAGAAAUAAAGGAAACCCAAAAGAAGUUGCUUGAAUUACAAAAUCUUUUGCUAAAUGAAAAAAUUGAUGAUGAUACAAGUGGAUAUGAUGGUGAAUACAGCUCUCUGGACGGUGCUCUUUUACAGGAACAGAUAACAAUUUUAAACGCACGCUUGGAUCAACGGUCCUCUGAGUACGACAAACUUAAAAUUGAACUUAAUAGAACCAGAGAAGAGUGUAUUAACUUGCAAGGAAUAAAACAAGGCCUGCAGACUCGUCUGACUGAUCAAGAAAAACUGAUGAUGAAACUAAAAGCUGAGCUUUUAAAACUUGAAUUUUCUCAUCAAACUGCCAACUCCGACAAAGAUGAACUACAAAAUAUGUUAGAUGAGCGAGAUAAAGAAAUUACUCUACUUCGUUCACAACUCAAAUCUAAAGAUGAUGAAAUUGCUAUUCAGAAAAAGGAACUUGAUGACGCCAAGUGUAAAAUAGCUAACAUUGACAGUGUUGAGAAAGAUCUUCGUUCAAAGAUCAAGAAUCAUGAAGCCAACGCAAGCGCUUUGAGUUCUCAAGUUAAAGAACUUCAAGUGAAACUUCGAGCCGUCGAUGGUUCAGAGAUUAAACUCUCGAAUAGGAUCACUUAUCAAGAUCGUAAAAUAUCUCUUUUGGAAGGAAAAGUUUUACAGGACAAAGCAAAAUCGAAACGUGAAGAAAUGAAUAGAUUGAGACACUGUAUUCAGAGGUUGAGAGAAUCAGUUUCCGAGCAGGAUCCGCAACAAAGCAUUAUAAACAAUCUUGAAGAGACUUUAGCCAAUGUUGUUGGUAGUGGAUUAACAUCUUCAAGGAAAAACGUCUUUAAGGCUUCACCACUAAACAACAAUCAUCAUAAUGGUAUCAAGAACUCCCGUGAAAAAGACUUGUCUAAAAUACCAGAUGUUACACGAGUUACCUAUCAACCUUCAUGGUCUUCAACACCAUCUGUUCUUAUAAUCGUCAAAAGACUUGGAGAGGUGACUUUGGGUGAUUUAAAGUCAAAACUUGGUCUUUCUGGGGACAAUCGUCAAUACCGAUACUUUUUCAAAGCCCUUGAUGCAGAAUUUGGCACAAUCAGGGAAGAGCUUGUUAAUGAUGACGAUGUAGUUCCUGGAUGGGAUGGUAAAAUUAUGGCUUGGAUUACUAAUGAAGAAGAGCAAUUAAAUGAAAAUGAUCGGUUAGAUAGUUCCUCAAAAACUCGAGCAAAAACCCCAAGUGAAACGGAUUUAUGAUCUCAGAAUUCCAUUUCCAGGCCUAAAAUUAUUAAAAUCAUAUGCAAACCAGGUAUAAAGAUAACGGCACAUGUGUAAAAAUUUUAGUCAAAUUAGUCUUUUUCGAUUGAAAUGAAUUUUGCUAGCUUCUAAAUUAAAUAUAUUUUGCUAUGGCAGUCUAUGGCCAUUUGUAACAUUGAGAAACCAAGCUUUUUUGGUAUACGGUAGUGGAAUACUGAGUGAUACAGAUAUACAUACAUAAUUUAUUCGUGUAAUUAAAAAGAUUAAAUACUCUGAAACACUUUGAACAGGAAAAUAAAAAAAAAAACAAAACAAAAACAAA